UAGUUCUUCACAAUGUCGAAUAGCAUAGCGUUCGACAGUACUCUAAAUCCUCUGGAAGAAGCCAGAUUACUCAAAAAGUAUCAAGAUUUCGCCAGGCAAAUCACAAAGAAAGUCCACUUCUCACUCAACGAAGUAGAAGCCCUCAUAAUCAUGUACUACAAAAUCCAGAAGAACGGUGACUACGAUCCAGAAGGAAUCACCAAGGAAGAAUUCAGGGACGUCCUCCAUAAGGCUUUGGACAUGACAGACGUUCGUUGUCAUGAAAACAAAGCCAAAAUGGAUAUCAGCACGACACUUUGUCAGAAUUGUCAAAAUAUCCAAAUGGAUGACUAUUUCCAAAUCUAAAGAAAAAAUCUGCUAGUUUUUUUCCUACUCGGGUAUGCACCUUUAGGCCAUCAUUGAUGUCGUUUUAUCGAGAACGAAGUCAUCUGGGAAUGGAAAUCAAUAGUUCUUCACAAUGUCGAAUAGCAUAGCGUUCGACAGUACUCUAAAUCCUCUGGAAGAAGCUAGAUUACUCAAAAAGUAUCAAGAUUUCGCCAGGCAAAUCACAAAGAAAGUCCACUUCUCACUCAACGAAGUUGAAGCCCUCAUAAUCAUGUACUACAAAAUCCAGAAGAACGGUGACUACGAUCCAGAAGGAAUCACCAAGGAAGAAUUCAGGGACGUCCUCCAUAAGGCUUUGGACAUGACAGACGUUCGUUGUCAUGAAAACAAAGCCAAAAUGGAUAUCAGCACGACACUUUGUCAGAAUUGUCAAAAUAUCCAAAUGGAUGACUAUUUCCAAAUCUAAAGAAAAAAUCUGCUAGUUUUUUUCCUACUCGGGUAUGCACCUUUAGGCCAUCAUUGAUGUCGUUUUAUCGAGAACGAAGUCAUCUGGGAAUGGAAAUCAAUAGUUCUUCACAAUGUCGAAUAGCAUAGCGUUCGACAGUACUCUAAAUCCUCUGGAAGAAGCUAGAUUACUCAAAAAGUAUCAAGAUUUCGCCAGGCAAAUCGCAAAGAAAGUCCACUUCUCACUCAACGAAGUUGAAGCCCUCAUAAUCAUGUACUACAAAAUCCAGAAGAACGGUGACUACGAUCCAGAAGGAAUCACCAAGGAAGAAUUCAGGGACGUCCUCCAUAAGGCUUUGGAUAUGACAGACGACCGCAUCAUGAACAUAGUGGUCACCGCCUUGGACACCAAAGCUAGGGACUAUAUCGGCAGAGAGACGUGGAUCAAUGCGCUGUCAUUGCUCCUGCGGGGAACGUUAGAAGAAAAACUCCAGUUUUGCUUCUCGGUAUACGACUACAGAGGGGCAGGCGUCUUAGGAAAGGAGGCGAUUUUCAACAUCCUCAAAUACUCUUUGCUGAGCAGCGCAGGGGAGAGCGAUGCCGAAGAGUCGGUUAGAGAUCUCGUCGACGUCAUUUUGAAGAAAUUGGACGUGGACAGGGACGGAAAGAUUUCCUUCAACGACUACAAGACUGCCGUCCUCAAGGAUCCCGGUUGGCUGGAGUUCUUGGGACCCUGCUUGCCAGAUAGGAGUGCGAUCAGCACGUUUUUGAACACGAUGACGAGGCAGUUGAAGAGAACAUUUUGAAAGUUUUUUCAGGGUGGUUGUUUAUAUUUU